AUGGAUGACCAUAUCACACAACGUCUAUCGAUCAUUAUCAAAAAUAAUCUACACCAAGGCGGUACUAUCGCGGUUAGAAACACCUUAGUAACGCGUGGCGAACCAUACAACAGAUGCCGGAAGCCAACCCUGAUGGCGCCUGAAGAUGUGAAUAAGUUAGUGAUAUGUCAUGGCGAGGAAGGGACGGCAUCAUUCUGUGGAAGUGCAGUCUACGGCUUGGGAGUCGAAGGCAGCUUGGAUUUAUACCAUGGAGACUCUCGAAUAGCAUCACUGCACUGGAAUGGUCCCUGGGCCCGGACUGGAAAUCAGUUUGAGGUGACAAACGUUAACAGUGCAAAGUAUCUAGUCAAUAUUUCUGGUAUCCCUAGUCACGGGGUUCUAGGAGACGUCUCCGUUAUUGUAACAGAGGCUGCUUGUUAG